UGUUAGGGAGUAGGAGCCCGAGCGCUGCGGGGAGGGGAGAUCCUCGUGGUCCCUGUGUUUUCUGUCUGGAGGCUGGACUUCCCAGGACACAGUUGUUCUCCAAGAGAGAAACCAGAAGGAGACAGAACAUGAACGUUGAACUAAUGAAAGCCAUGCUACAGGACGCAGUGACAUUCAAAGAUGUUGCAAUAGACUUUUCUCAGGAGGAAUGGGAGUGGCUGAAUCCUGCUCAGAGGAGUUUGUACAGGACUGUGGUGCUGGAGAAUUAUCAGAACUUGGUUUCAGUGGGAGCAUGCAUUUCCAAACCAUCUCUAAUCUCUUUAUUGGAGCAUGGGAAGGAGCCUUGGGAGGUGAAGUGUCAGGUGACAAGAAGCCCAGUACAAGGUGGAGAAUCUGUACAGAAGACACAAGAAUUAUCUCUGAGGCAAUUGGCUUUUGAUGCCGUGUCAGUGGAGAACAUUGCAAGCCUCGGUUGUGAGUCUCCCACUUCUGGAAAAAAGCAGCAAUGCAAAGACCUUUUUGAUAGACAGAAGAUGAGUCAGGAUAUAUUUAACCUGAAAGAAACAGUCACUCACAAAGGAACUCACACUAAAGAAAUAGGCUACAAACACACGGAAUCUUUACAAUCUGUCCAUCUGGAUAGUGUAGAAGAGAAUAUUUAUAGUCACAAGACAAAUAAGAAAAGCUUCUCCCAAAAUCCCAAGGUACGAAAAUACAAGAAAAUCUGGGCAGGGAAGAACAUUUUUAAAUGUAACGAAUGCGAGAAAACCUUCACCCACAGCUCAUCUGUGACUGUGCAUCAGAGAAUUCACACGGGCGAAAAGCCGUAUAAAUGCACAGUCUGUGGAAAGGCCUUCAAGCAGAGCCACCACCUAGCUCAGCACCACACAACACACACCCACGAGAAACUCUUUGAGUGUAAGGAAUGUAACAAAGCCUUCAGCCAGAAUUCAUACCUUAUUGUACACCAAAGAAUCCACACCGGAGAAAAACCGUACAAGUGUAAGGAGUGUACGAAGUCCUUCAGGCAGCCCGCCCACCUGGCUCAGCAUCAGAGGAUUCACACUGGGGAGAAGCCCUAUAAGUGUAAGGAGUGUGGGAAGGCCUUCAGGGACAGUUCUACCUUUGCUCAGCAUAAGAGGUGUCAUAAUGAUAAGCGACCCUUUCAGUGUGCUGAGUGUGGUCAAGCCUUCAGGUGCAACAUGUCCCUAACCCGUCACUCUAGGCAUUAUCAUACCGGAGAGAAGCCAUUCGACUGCGCUGACUGUGGGAAAGUCUUCAGUGUUCACAUAGGACUAACUUUGCACAGGAGAAUUCACACCGGAGAGAAACCAUACCCAUGUAACGUCUGUGGGAAAGCUUUCCGCAGUGGGUCGUCCCUGACUGUGCACCACAGGAUUCACACAGGUGAGAAACCUUACAAAUGUGACAUUUGUGGGAAGGCCUUUAGCCACAGCAUGUCGCUCACUGGCCAUCAAAGAGUACACUCUGGAGAGAAACCUUAUACAUGCAAGGAGUGCGGGAAAGCUUUUCGGCAGAGUAUACAUCUUGUUGUUCACUCAAGAAUUCAUACUGGAGAAAAGCCCUAUGAAUGUAAGGAAUGUGGGAAGGCCUUUCGAGAGAGUUCCCAACUGGCCACUCAUCAGAGAAACCACACAGGAGAAAAACCUUUCGAAUGUAAGCAGUGUGGUAAAUUUUUCAAAAGAAGUACCUAUCUUGCCAGACAUCAGAAAAUCCAUACAGGAGAGAAACCUUAUGAGUGUAACGAAUGUGGCAAAACCUUCACGCAUACUGCCUACCUCAUACGACAUAAGAGGGUUCACACUGGAGAGAAGCCGUACAAAUGUUCUGAGUGUGGGAAGGCAUUUGGUGAUGGCUCCUCCCGUGCUCAGCAUCAGAGACUUCACUCUGGUCAGAGGCCCUACGCAUGUGAGAAAUGUGGAAGGGCGUUCAGAACAAAGUCAUCCUUUAAUUGCCACCAAAGCUGUCACACUAGAAAGAAACUGUAA